CCCCCCCCAGUAGUCUAACUAGAGGAAGACCUUAGUGAUCCAGACUUGAGGCUUCCUUAGGUUUGGCCUCUUCCCUGCAAAUUCAGCUGUCACCGUCCAUAUUGAACUGGGGGGCCCAACCACAUCCCUGCCCAGGGGUCCCUUCAGGCAGUCUAUAACUCGUGUUUGGCCCCCAACUUAUCAGCAAAGCUUCCCUCUUUUACCACAUUGAGAUCGAAUAAACUUUGCUUCAUUCAAAGUUCCUUAAUAUAACUACAUCACAUGAAUAUUUGAUGUGACUUUUACUUGGCAAAUGUGCUUAAUCUUAGGUCCACUGAUAGCCUUGCUCUUAACCUUAAGCAAGUCUCUUGACUUCUCUGGGCCUGCGUAUCUGUAGUGUAAACGCUUUCCUCCAGGCUAUCUUUCAUGCAAUUUUCUCUUUAACCUGUCUGUGAUUUACAUAGUCCACCAAUCACUUUCUCCCAUCCUUCACCUUCUAAAUCCACCCUCCAUUUCUCCAGCGAAGAGGGCUUUGAAGGGAGAAGGUCUAUGUCCUAAAGUAGCCACUUUGAAAAUAACUGGUAGUUUCCUAAACUGUGUCUUCCCUAGAUAAGGAAAACUCCCUGAAUGAACUACCUUUUCCUUCUUGUGACAGCAGCAGAAACCAAGCCACAACAACCCUGGGAGAAAGGCUGAGUUUUCCUCGACUACUACAGUGACAAGGACCUUAAGACAGUUGGUACUUCCAUCCUCUUGCCAUCAUCUUACCACCCAGCCCAAGACGGCCCAGGCUGAACAUUAGUGCCUCCCGCCUCGCUCUUCUAAGAUCAUUCAGAUCUGCACCUGACUGUUUGGGGGUUUUGUUUUGUUUUGUUUUGGUGUAUGUGUGGCAAAUUUCACACACCAAGUCCUCAGAUCUACAUCCUCUGGUUCGCCGCUGUCCUCGAAGGACAGUGACUUGUUACCCACGCAACAGCAGAGCCUGCCAUCUCCAGCAGAUCACCAAUCAGCCCCUGACAUCGCCUGCUCCCUUGCCUCCCUUUGUGGCCUCCUAAAUGCCCAUCUCGUUGGUCUGGGUUCAACUGGUGGUAUGGAGGGGUGCUGCCUAGCACUGACCUGGGAGUGUGAGUGACCCACUGAUCCAAUGGACAUCAAAGGCCAGUUUUGGAAUGAUGAUGAUUCAGAAGGAGAUAAUGAAUCAGAGGAAUUUCUCUAUGGAGUUCAGGGGAGCUGUGCAGCUGACCUGUAUCGCCACCCACAGCUUGAUGCUGACAUUGAGGCCGUGAAGGAGAUCUACAGUGAGAACUCUGUAUCCAUCAGAGAAUAUGGAACUAUCGAUGACAUGGAUAUUGACCUCCACAUCAACAUCAGCUUCCUCGAUGAGGAAGUUUCUACAGCCUGGAAGGUCCUCCGCACAGAACCCAUUGUGUUAAGGCUGCGAUUUUCCCUCUCCCAGUAUCUUGAUGGACCAGAACCGUCGAUUGAAGUUUUCCAGCCAUCAAAUAAGGAAGGGUUUGGGCUAGGUCUUCAGUUGAAAAAGAUCCUGGGCAUGUUCACAUCCCAACAAUGGAAACAUCUCAGCAACGAUUUCUUGAAGACCCAACAGGAGAAGAGGCACAGUUGGUUCAAGGCAAGCGGUACUAUCAAGAAGUUCCGGGCUGGCCUCAGCAUCUUCUCACCCAUCCCCAAGUCUCCCAGUUUUCCUAUCAUACAGGAUUCCAUGCUAAAAGGCAAACUGGGUGUGCCAGAGCUUCGGGUUGGGCGUCUUAUGAACCGUUCCAUCUCCUGCACCAUGAAGAAUCCCAAAGUGGAGGUGUUUGGCUACCCUCCGAGCCCCCAGGCAGGUCUCCUGUGCCCCCAGCACGUGGGCCUCCCUCCCCCAGCACGGACCUCUCCUUUGGUCAGUGGUCACUGCAAGAACAUUCCCACUCUGGAGUAUGGAUUCCUUGUUCAGAUCAUGAAGUAUGCGGAGCAGAGGAUUCCAACACUGAAUGAGUACUGUGUGGUGUGUGAUGAGCAGCACGUCUUUCAGAACGGGUCCAUGCUGAAGCCAGCCGUCUGUACUCGUGAGCUCUGUGUUUUCUCCUUCUACACCCUGGGAGUCAUGUCUGGAGCUGCGGAGGAGGUGGCCACUGGAGCAGAGGUGGUCGAUCUGCUGGUGGCCAUGUGCAGGGCAGCAUUAGAGUCCCCUAGAAAAAGCAUCAUCUUUGAACCUUAUCCCUCCGUGGUGGACCCCACUGAUCCCAAGACACUGGCCUUUAACCCUAAGAAGAAGAAUUAUGAGCGACUUCAGAAAGCGCUGGAUAGUGUGAUGUCCAUCCGGGAGAUGACCCAGGGCUCGUAUUUGGAAAUCAAGAAGCAGAUGGACAAACUGGACCCCCUGGCCCACCCUCUUCUGCAGUGGAUCAUCUCCAGUAACAGGUCACACAUUGUCAAACUACCUCUCAGCAGGCAGCUGAAGUUCAUGCACACCUCACACCAAUUCCUCCUGCUGAGCAGCCCUCCUGCCAAGGAGGCUCGGUUCCGGACCGCCAAGAAGCUCUAUGGCAGCACCUUUGCCUUCCAUGGGUCCCACAUUGAGAACUGGCAUUCGAUCCUGCGCAAUGGGCUGGUCAAUGCAUCCUACACCAAACUGCAGCUGCAUGGAGCAGCCUAUGGCAAAGGCAUCUACCUGAGCCCCAUCUCCAGUAUUUCCUUUGGAUACUCAGGAAUGGGAAAAGGACAGCACAGGAUGCCCUCCAAGGAUGAGCUGGUCCAGAGAUAUAACAGGAUGAACACCAUCCCCCAGACCCGGUCCAUUCAGUCGAGGUUCCUGCAGAGUCGGAAUCUAAACUGUAUAGCACUUUGUGAAGUGAUUACAUCCAAGGACCUCCAGAAGCACGGGAACAUCUGGGUCUGCCCUGUGUCCGACCAUGUCUGCACACGGUUCUUCUUUGUAUAUGAAGAUGGUCAGGUGGGCGAUGCCAACAUUAAUACUCAGGACCCCAAGAUACAGAAGGAAAUCAUGCGUGUGAUCGGAACUCAGGUUUACACAAACUGAGGGGGCCCCAGCCCUCGUGCCACCCUGUUCCCCUGGAUCCAUCUGCCCUUAUCGAAGGGCUCAAGAGCAGCAGGUGAGGCUGCCCUGAGGAAUCAAGGGGCCAUUACUAAGGGGCAGGAAAGGAUAGAAGAGGCGGCCUCCAGGUGGAGAUUGACCCAAGAACCACUCCACGUGUGGAUGGCCCAGACUAACCCCCAAACCCUGAUUUCCCCAGUUGAUUUCACCCUGUUUGUAAAUAAAACAAUAAAAUGGAA